GGUUACUCCUUAGUUGAAAUAUAUGAGCAUAUAAAAAAGUUAGUAAAAUAAGGCUGCUCAAUAUACCACAUGAAUCAUGAUCUUUCCAUGUUUUUCCCUAUUUCUUAACCAAAAAAACCAGUUCACAAAUUCACACACUAGGGUUAGGGUUAGUCAAUAGCAAUAACACACUCCUUUGUAUAUAUAUAGCUAGAACCAUCGCUAUAAGAAUAUAACCAUCAAGUAUAGGGUAUUUUGAAAGGAUGAAGAAGAGACAAAUUGUGGCUAAGACUUCAUCUUCAAUUACAAGAAAUAUUCGAUACGGUGAGUGCCAGAAGAAUCAUGCAGCAAAUAUUGGAGGGUAUGCUGUGGAUGGUUGCAGGGAGUUCAUGGCUAGCACAGGAGAAGAAGGAACAUGUGGGGCUCUUACAUGUGCUGCUUGUGGUUGUCACAGGAACUUUCAUAGAAGGGAAGUGCAAACUGAAGUUGUUUGUGAGUACUCUCCACCUAAUUCUGGUCGAUGAUAUCAUCGAUAUCUCGAUGAAACUUCAUACCUCUAUUUUCAUCCAUAUUUUUGCAGAUCCGUGUAAUCUUGCACAGAUCCGUGCAAUCUUACACGAAUUCGUGCAAAGAUCGUUUACAAGAAAGGUUAAAUUAUACCAAUAGAGUGCAAAAUUGUGUAUCAAAUUAACUCAAUGAUUUUAUCUUUGUACAAAAUUUUCAAACUUCAGGGUUUGUGAUUAUAUUACCUACUUUAGGUUUUCUUUUUUUUUUUCCCUUUCAUUUUUUUUCCUUCUGGUCAGCAAGAUGUGUUUUGUUUCCCCUUUGAUACUGUAAUAUAAAUUUAUUGAUCUGAUGUGUUUAAUUUCUCUAUUUCUUUUGUUAAUUACUGCUUUAGAUCUUAAUAAAAUAUAUUUAGGCUUCUAAUUUUGCUGUUGCAUAAAAUAUAUAAUCAAAUUAAUAAUAUUUAGGCUUUGCAUACAUUUUCUUUAAAAAAUAUAAAAAAUGUAUAAAGAAGAAUUGAGUAUUUUAGAUAUAUAUAUAUAUAGAAAGGUUUAGAUUAAGAGUUAUUUGGUAUCAAUAUAUAUUUUUCUAUAUCUUAAAUAAAAUAUAAAAGGCUUAACUGGAGUGCUAAAAAUCAAGAGCGCCACAAAUGAAUAUAUAAAAAUGCAUAUUAAUUUACUACUGUGUAAUUGUAUGAAAUUUUGAAUGCAAUAAAUUUAGGUUAAGAAGAAGAAAGGUGAGAAAAAGCUCCAAAGUAUAAAAGACCACUAACAAUGGAGUAUUCUCUAGAGCUUAUUUGUUUCAUCAUCCUUUUCAAGUCGGGGACACUAAUCAAGUCUGAACGCUCAAAUUAAUUUGUUAGUUCAUAAAAAAAAUAAGGUAUUAGUAAUAUAGAUGAGAAAAUUGUAGAUUAUGCUGACGAAUUCAAAUGGAUGCUAACCACGUAUUUUUUAUUAUUGUCUUUUCUUCAAAACAAGAAAACAUAUUAGUGUAUAUGUGAUGAAAAAAUAUUAUCUAUGUACCAAUUAUGUACUAUUCAACUAUUAUAAAUCCUUAGAGCCCACUUGUGUUCAAUCAUAUAGAUGAUAUGUCUAAGAACAUUGCCAUUCAUUUAUACCUUUUUAUACUCCUUCAAUCUUUAUAUAUAGGUUCUUUUUCCAACAUGUAUAUUAAGAAAGAUGAUAUUAGUUAAUAUUUUAACUUUUAUAUGAUUACUAUUUAUUAUUUAGAUAUAUAGGUAUGGAAUAAAUAAGUGUUUUAAAAUCUUCAUUCUCAAAUUGAUUGGGUGAGAGAAAAGAUGAGUAUUUUACCUAGUAUAAAAAAUACUUGUUAAAUCGGUUAAAAAUGACUUCUUAAGUUGAUAAGGAUGUUCUAUCAACUAAGAAGAUUGUUGUUAGGACAAGGGUCAUCACACAUCUAUAAUCCUUGUUAAUGAUUAAAGAAUUACUUAUUAUUGAAGGAUAGAAAAACACUUAAAAAGGGGGGGUUUGAAUAAGUGUAGCUUUAAAACUUGUAAGAUAAAAACAAGUUGAGCAAUUAUUUUUAUCUUGGUUCGUUGUUAACUAAACUACUCCAGUCCACCCCUCUGGAGUGAUUUACCUCACCCGAGGAUUUAAUCCACUAAUCACACAAGAUUACAAUGGUUUUCCACUUAGACAACUUCUAAGUCUUCUAGAGUAUACUGAUCACAACCUAAUCACUCUAAGAACAAACUGCUUAGAUACCCUCUAAGACUUUCUAGAGUAUUCUGAUCACAACCUGAUCACUCUAGUUCUUACAACUUAAUGUAAACAAAUUC